AUUAUUUUCUUCCGAGUUUCUCGGUUAGUCGUCGUUCUUAUUUUCCCCUUCCCUUCAACGGCUCCCGUCUUGCCCAACUUCUCCCAAUCCGGAUCUUACAGCGCAGCAACUAUCACCAACCGGUAAGCUCGUCGAUAUUUUUUAAACCUCAACCAUGACCCUGUUAGUCCCUCUGUGUCCGACCUGAGUUGGGAUGCCUCUUAGCUGUGCUGGAGCAAAUUGUAUAUCAACUUCCAUGCACAAUGCUGCCGUGUUUGACUGGCAUUCGUUAUACUGUCUCCUGACCAGCUCACUACGACGAUACACUAAUCUCAAAGCAACCAAGCAGAUACAGCACUGGACAAUCUCACGAGUCGCCCCGAUUUGUAUCGUCCAACUGCUCGGCCCCUUCGCCGUUCGCCAUCCCAAUCCUCGAGUUCCUACCUAGGUAUUCGUGAUAAAAGAUAAAUUGGUAUCUAGUUCGUUCAGCAUGGCUCAGCGAAGGGUCGCGGUGACCUUCACCUAUCAGAAGAAGGACGUCAACCCCCCCAUCUAUGUGGCUGGGUCAUUCUCAGACCCGCCAUGGCAUCCCCAUGAGAUGGAUUUCACCGUGGACCAGCACGGCGAACAUUUCUUCACCAAGCAGGUCAUGGUUGAGAAUGGUGCCGAGAUCCAGUACAAAUUCCGAAUAGGACCAACCGAUUGGUGGGUCAUAAACGAAGUCGCUGAAACCAUUACCGACCACCAAGGCAAUGUGAAUAACUUCCUAAAGGCCCCGAUCGAAACACCAGAAGAAUCCGCCUUGAAGGAACUAGACGCUCAUGCCCGCGAGCCAGAGCAGACCACCAUCGACAACGGCGCACAGGCUGCGGAUAUCGCGAAGUCAGCUGCUGAGGCUGCUGACUCGGCAACCGUCCUAGACCUCGAUCCCCCUAAGCCGGAGUUGUCAGAUGAGGCGGAGAAGGCGAACAUCCGCCGCUUGUCUGUUACCCCUGACGACCAACCCACUAAUGUGGCGAAGGACGUUGCUGUUACUCCCGCCGUAGAUGAUUCAGACUCGGGGUCGACCUCGAGUGAGGAAGCUACUGGUGACGGCGACUCAUGCCCCGUAUUCUCACACGAAUCUAUGGGACCACCAACACACGAGGAGGAGCUAUUUAGCAAUAGUGACUCCAAUAAUGACGGCUCGGAAAGUCGGAGUGAUACGCAGCAGGGCGACUCGGCCAUUGACGCUGAUAGUGUAGACUUCGACGACCCCCAACUGGAAGUCUUCCCGUCGUCCAAUCGUGACUCAAUUCUUGCUGCUGUGCGGCGGAUUUCAACCAGCGUAGAUGCCGAUCGCACAGUUGUCGAAGGCAUCACGCCAUCAUCUCUCGCCGGCGCCUCACAACAGCAAACGAAGACAAAUCCAGCUGAGGCGUCCAACGCAGAGUCUACCCAGGCAGAUGCUCACUCAGGGGAUGAACAAGAUAGCCAACUGGACAAGUCCACAUACUUGUCUAGUUCGAUUGAUUCCAAUUCCAGAUCGGCUUCGGUGAGCUCAUUAGGACUCAUUGCGGAGGAUGACAGCGAGUCUCUUAGUGGCACUACAGUUGACGAGACUGACAAAGGAACGAUCCCGUUUGUCCAGCAUUCUGGGCCAGUUAUGAAAUGGGACUCAACAUUCGAAGACACUACUCGCGAGGAGGAUGAGGGUAUCGCCAUGGACUACGAAUCCAAGCGAGCAUCGCGGGAAUUCCAAUACAAGACUGGAACGCAGGUCUUGGAACCGACCGUAUUGUCUGAAGACAGUGCGUCGAUGGUCGCGGAGUCAAACCCUGAGGAAACCAAGUCAGUACCAGCAGAUAAGCCGAGUGAUAAAGCUCUCGGUGACGGCCAUCCAGCUUCGGCCGAAAAAGAGAGCCCUAAGGAUACUCUACUUACUCCUGAGCCCCACACCCUGGGAUCCCACAAGAGUGGUGACCCCAACCUAAGCAUUUCGGACGAAAGCCAGACACGAUCGGCCUCCAUUAAUCCCAGCAGUCCACCAAGCCUCCGAAAGCGAACAGUCGAUAAACCCAACACGCCCUCCCCCGCGCAUCAUGCGCGUGGUGCUAGCAAAUACCCUAGCUGGCUCGAGGCUUGCCUCCAGGUUGCCUUUGUGAGAUGGCUUGGGGUCUUCGCAUCGUGGCUAUACAGCCGCAGGCACAGGGCGUUGAUGGUGACAGGCACGGCCGUCAUUGUUGUUGGUGUUGGUCUCUUGUGGCAGAAGCCUGUCCACUUGUGAUUAGUCUUUCCGCGCUACGAGCGCAUGAGGUCGCCUGCUGGUGCGCGAGGGCGACAGUGCGACGCGAGGCUGACACAUGCUAUCCGGGGCGAACUAGCUAGCUUCGAUCGCUCUCUUAUACCUAGAGAAUAUAGUUAUUAAUGUUGUAUCUGACAAGAGCUCGGGUUGUUUGUUGGUGGUCGGACCGAUGGACGGCUUGCCGAAUGCGGGAAGGGAAGGGUAACAUCGGGGUAGCGUUGAGGCGCUUGGCCAAUGUGCUUUGCUCAGAUCACCAACAACGAAACGAGGUGUACUGAUCCCCCGUUUCAUUUCUCUCACGAAUCUCAAAACAGGAUCCAGGCUAGGGCACAAAACCAAAUUUGUGAUGGGGUAGGAAGAAUUUGUCUAGGGGGGUCGGAUGGUCCAUAUUCCCUCGACAUUAGGAUGCUGUCAAAAAAGAAUAAUCGCGCAGCUAUUGUUAUCGCCUCGUAACCUACCCGGAUCUGGCAUGAACCAACGACACACCCCAUUGUGGAAUUACUUACUAACCGUUAUACGUCAAGAAUGCAUUGAGAUAGACGACACUAAUUAGAGUAAUUUAUUUCGAGUUUUCCGUUCAUGGAUGCGGGAGCUUGGGUUAAUAGAGACGUCAGGG